AUGUUUCCCACAGGUCGAAUGUGGAGCUGCCAUUGGAAGUGGAAGCCGGGUGCCUUUCUGUCCCUAAUUGCUGUGUGCAUCAUAUGUACUCCUCAUGCAGCAUGGGGAUGCGCCAACUGCAGGGUUCUCCUGUCCAGUCCUUCUGGGACCUUCACUUCUCCAUGUUACCCUAACGACUACCCUAAUAGCCAAGCUUGCUUGUGGACCCUCCGAGCCCCCACUGGCUACAUUAUUCAGAUAACCUUUAAUGACUUUGACAUCGAAGAAGCUCCCAAUUGCAUUUACGACUCAUUAUCCCUUGAUAAUGGAGAGAGCCAGACUAAAUUUUGUGGAGCAACUGCCAAAGGCCUAUCAUUUAACUCAAGUGCGAAUGAGAUGCGUGUGUCCUUUUCAAGUGACUUUAGCAUCCAGAAGAAAGGUUUCAAUGCCAGCUACAUCCGAGUUGCUGUGUCCUUAAAGAAUCAAAAGGUGAUUUUACCCCAGACACUAGAUGCCUACCAGGUGUCUGUUGCGAAAAGUAUCUCCAUUCCGGAGCUCAGUGCCUUCACACUCUGCUUUGAAGCAACCAAAGCUGGAAAUGAAGACAGUGACUGGGCAGCUUUCUCCUACUCAGAUGCUUCCUUUGCUCAAUUACUCAGUUUUGGAAAGACCAAAAGUGACUACUUUCUGACUGUUUCUGGCUCCAAAUGCUUACUGAACAGUGCACUACAUGUCAAAGAGAAAGAAGAUAUUUUCACAGAAAGCUUUGAGCAGCUCUGCAUCAUUUGGAAUAAUUCAUUGGGCUCCAUUGGUGUAAAUUUCAAAAGAAACUAUGACACAGUUCCGUGUGAUUCUACCAUUAGUAAAGUUAUUCCUGGAAAUGGGAAGUUGUUACUGGGCUCCAAUAGAAAUGAAAUUGCCUCCCUGAAAGGGGACAUUUAUAAUUUUCGACUUUGGAAUUUCAGUAUGAAUUCCAGAAUCCUCUCCAACCUCAGCUGUACUAUGAAAGGAAAUGUGGUCGACUGGCAAAAUGACUUUUGGAAUAUCCCAACCAUGGCUCUGAAAGCUGAAAGUAACCUAAGUUGUGGUUCUUACUUGGUGCCACUCCCAGCACCAGAACUUGCCGCCUGUGCCGACCUGGGGACUCUCUGUCAAGAUGGAAUAAUGUAUAGAAUAUCUGUAGUGAUUCAGAACAGCCUUCAUCACCCCGAGGCCAAAGUACAGAACAAGGUGGCAGAAUGGCUCAAUUCAACUUUCCAGAAUUGGAACUACACUGUGUAUGUAGUUAAUAUCAGUUUUCACCAGAACAUGGGCGAAGACAAGAUUAAAGUGAAGAGAAGCAGUGUGAAUGAUGAAAGGAUGGUGAUUUGGGCCCUUCUAGUUUACAAUGCUACCAACAAUGCCAAUUUAGAAGGAAAAACCAUUGAGCAGAAGCUCUUAAAAAAUAAUGAAUCCCUGGAUGAGGGCUUGAAGCUAUAUACAGUAAAUGUGAGGCAACUGGGUGUGUGUGCUGCCCUGGAGGAGCCCGAAGGCUUUCACUGGCCAUCCAUUUCACCCUCUGAAUACAGCCUCGCCUGUCCAGACAAGCCUGGCUUUUUUGUUUCACGGAUGUGCUAUCCCAACUCUUCCAACACAUCUCUGGCUUACUGGGGGCCUCUUGAUAUCUCCAAUUGUUCAAGGGAAGCAAAUGAAGUUGCCAGUGAGAUUUUAAAUUUAACUGCUGAUGGGCAGAACUUAACCUCAGCCAAUAUCACUAGUAUUGUGGAACAGGUCAAAAGAAUUGUAAACAAAGAAGAAAACAUUGAUGUAACACUUGGCUCAACUUUAAUGAAUAUAUUUUCUAAUAUCUUAAGCAGUUCAGACAGUGACUUGCUUGAAUCCUCCUCUGAAGCUUUAAAAACAAUUGAUGAGUUGGCCUUCAAGAUAGAACUAAAUAGCACACCACAUGUGAACAUCAUGACACGGAAUCUGGCUCUUGGAGUAUCAUCUCUUUCUCCGGGGGCAAAUGGAAUUUCAAAUUUUAGCAUUGGGCUUCCAAGCAAUAACGAAUCCUAUUUCCAGAUGGAUUUUGAGAGUGGACAAGUGGAUCCAUUGGCUUCUGUCAUUUUGCCUCCAAACUUACUUGACAAUUUGAGUCAAGAAGAUGCUGUAUUAGUUAGAAGAGCACAGUUUACUUUCUUCAACAAAACUGGACUUUUCCAGGAUGUAGGACCUCAAAGAAAAAUUUUAGUGAGUUAUGUGAUGGCAUGCAGUAUUGGAAACAUCACUAUAAAGGAUUUGAAAGAUCCUGUGCAAAUUAAGAUCAAACAUACAAGAACUCAGGAAGUACGUCAUCCCAUCUGUGCCUUUUGGGAUCUGAACAAAAACAAAAGUUUUGGAGGCUGGAACACAUCUGGAUGUACUGCACAUAGAGAUGCAGAUGCAAGUGAGACGGUCUGUCUGUGUAACCACUUCACCCACUUUGGAGUUCUGAUGGACCUUCCAAGAAGUGCCUCACAAAUCGAUGCAAGAAACAAUAAAGUCCUCACUUUCAUCACCUAUAUUGGAUGUGGAAUAUCUGCUAUUUUCUCAGCAGCAACUCUCUUGACAUAUGUUGCUUUUGAGAAAUUGCGAAGGGAUUACCCCUCAAAAAUCUUGAUGAACCUGAGUACAGCUCUGCUGUUCCUCAAUCUCACCUUCCUCCUGGAUGGCUGGAUCACUUCCUUUGAUGUGGAUGGGCUUUGCGUUGCCGUGGCCGCCCUGUUACAUUUCUUCCUUCUGGCGACAUUUACCUGGAUGGGACUAGAAGCCAUUCACAUGUACAUUGCACUGGUGAAAGUGUUUAACACUUACAUCCGCCGAUAUAUUUUAAAAUUCUGCAUCAUCGGCUGGGGUUUACCUGCCUUAGUGGUGUCAGUUGUUCUAGUGAGCAGAAACCAAAAUGAAGUCUAUGGAAAAGAAAGUUAUGGAAAAGAUCAAGGUGAUGAAUUCUGUUGGAUUCAGGAUCCAGUCAUAUUUUAUGUGACCUGCACUGGGUACUUUGGAAUCAUGUUUUUUCUGAACGUUGCCAUGUUCAUUGUGGUCAUGGUGCAAAUCUGUGGGAGGAACGGCAAGAGGAGCAGCCGGACCCUGAGAGAAGAGGUUUUAAGAAACCUGCGCAGCGUGGUUAGCCUGACGUUCCUGCUGGGCAUGACGUGGGGUUUUGCUUUCUUUGCCUGGGGACCCUUAAAUAUCGCUUUCAUGUACCUCUUCUCCAUCUUCAAUUCAUUACAAGGUUUGUUUAUAUUUAUCUUCCACUGUGCAAUGAAGGAGAAUGUUCAGAAGCAAUGGAGGCGACAUCUGUGCUGUGGUAGAUUUCGACUGGCAGAUAACUCAGACUGGAGUAAAACAGCUACCAAUAUCAUCAAGAAAAGCUCUGAUAAUCUAGGAAAGUCUUUGUCUUCAAGCUCCAUUGGUUCCAACUCAACCUAUCUUACAUCCAAAUCUAAAUCCAGCUCUACUACCUAUUUCAAAAGGAACAGUCAUUCUGAUAAUGCCUCGAGAGACAAGUCUUUGUCAAAACUGACCCAUGCUGAUGCAGAACCAUCAUCAAUCAUCCCUGUCCAUCAGGUCAUUGAUAAGGUCAAGGGUUAUUGCAAUGUUCAUUCAGAUAAUUUCUAUAAAAACAUUAUCAUGUCAGACUCCUUCAGCCACAGCACCAAGUUUUAA